AUGUUUCCUACAUCACUGGUGUUGCUUGUCUCGCACUUCGCGCUGACUGGAUUUGCCGCUGCUUCAUCUGAAUUUGGGAAGAGGUGUCUCGCAUUCGAGCCCGAGUUACACGUCAAAGGCGCAACCCGCAAUGUUCUCCAACAUGUUCCGGCAGGGACCAAUUUGACGUUUCCUGACAACGACGCGACUUGCGGACGUGCUAGCCAGGUCGUCUCAGUAGAUCUUUGUCGUAUAACACUAGAGAUCAAGACAACCAGAACAUCGAAGAUAUCUUUCGAAGCAUGGUUCCCGGAGGACUGGUCCGGUCGCUUCCUGGCAACAGGGAAUGGAGGCAUUGAUGGCUGCAUCAAAUUCGAGGAUAUCGCAUAUGGAGCGUCAAAUGGCUUCGCUAGCGUUGGCGCAAAUAAUGGUCAUAACGGUACUACAGGAGUAGCCUACCUCAAUAAUCCCGAGAUGGUAGUUGACUUUGCCUGGCGAUCUCUUCACCUAAGCGUCGAAACGGGCAAAGCAUUGGCCAAGGAGUUUUAUGGAAAGUGCCAUACCAAAUCUUACUACCUGGGCUGUUCUCUCGGUGGACGCCAGGGCAUCAAGAGCGCAGAGAAAUUCCCGAAUGACUUCGAUGGCAUCGUUGCCGGCGCUCCAGGCGUCGAUUUCAACAACCUUAUCUCCUGGCGCGCCCACUUCUACACCAUCACCGGCCUCAUCAAAGGUUCAGACUUCAUCUCGAAGGCAGCAUGGCAGACUUGGAUCCACGACGAGGUGCUACGCCAAUGCGAUACCAUCGACAAAGUCAAAGACGGCAUCAUCGAGGACCCGACCCUAUGCAAGUUCGAUCCUACAACCCUACUCUGCGGUCACAACAUCACAAACACAACCAACUGCCUAAACUACAACCAAGUGCAACAACUCCAGAAAAUCUUCAGCGACUACCGUUUCCCAAAUGGCGAACUAAUUUACCCGGCCAUGCAACCCGGCAGCGAAAUCAACGCCGUCGACAAACUCUACGCCGGCGCCCCCUUCGCCUACUCAGACGACUGGUUCAAAUACGUCGUCUACAACGACCCAACGUGGAACGCAUCGGAAUACGGCUAUGAUGACGCGCAAGCAGCACAAGAUCUCAACCCAGGCGACAUCCGCACCUACCCUGCUUCUUUGCCUGGCUUCAAGGAAAGCGGCGGGAAGUUACUCAUGUACCACGGCCAGCAGGAUAACCAGAUAACUUCUUUCAAUACGAACAGGUUCUACGAGCAUCUCCGUGGUAACAACACGUACGCGGAGAUGGAUGAAUGGACGCGUUUCUUUCGUGUCUCCGGUAUGUUUCAUUGCAGUACAGGACCAGGGGCGUGGGUGUUGGGUCAGGGUGGGAAUGCGGCGCAGGCUGGUAUCCCAUUCGAUGCGCAACACAAUGUUCUUGCGGCGAUGGUGGAUUGGGUGGAGAAGGGCGCUGCACCGGAGUUUAUUGAGGGCACGAAGUUUGUGAAUGAUACUGUAAAGAGUGGAGUCGACUUUGCGAGGAGGCAUUGCAAGUACCCGGCGAGGAAUACGUUUGAUGGGGGUGAUUAUAAGAGGCCUAAGAGUUGGAAAUGCAGAGUAUAA